ACAAUAAUUGACAGAGCUCUCAUGUAGCAAUGUCUGCAUCAAGAGGUGCAUAUGAUUAUAUGGAAAGCGUACCCGAUUCAAUUCAACGUUGAAACCCUUAAUCAGAUUAUAUAUGCCACAAGAUUGAGUGUGAGAAAAAUCGUUAAAUUAUUAUUAUUAUAUAUAUUCAUGCUAUUUCACAGUCAACCUCUUAAUUAAACCGUCAUGGCUUGGCAUUUCUUCUUCCUCGCAAAACCCCUCUUAAACCCUAACCCUAAAUUCCUAAAUCCACGCUCUUUCUCCACCUCUUUCCUCAUAACAAAAACCCCCAAGAAACACAGACCCAAACGCCUCAAACCCGACUCUCCUCGCACUCGAUCCGUGACGCCCGACUCAAACAAAAUCCCUCACUUCGAAUCCCUCCUCGACCGCGACGCUACCUUCCGAUUCCUCACGAAAACCAAAGAAUUCCUCUCCAAACAACCCGAACAAAUCCUCCGCCUUGACGAUGCCGGCAAACUCUAUCGCGAACUCGGAUUCCCCCGUGGCCGCAAAGUCACCCGAUCCAUUUUCCGCCACCCGCUCCUCUUCACCACCUACCGGCACUCCGACAACAAAAUGUGGCUCGGCUUCACCGAUUUUAUGGACCAAUUACUCCUCGAAGAAAAAGCAAUCAUGGAAGCCAUGGAAGAAGAUCGAGUCACGAGAAUCCGUAAAUUAUUGAUGAUGUCGAAAAAUAAACGGAUUCCGUUAAGUAAGAUUUACCAUAAAAGGCUUAUAUUUGGAAUUCCAGAGGGUUUCAGGGACAGAAUCGAGAAAUACCCUGAUUAUUUUCGCCUUGUGGUUGAAGAUGAUGGGAAACAAGUCCUCGAGUUAGUAAACUGGGAUCCGAGUUUAGCUGUAAGUGCAUUGGAGCGGGAAUUUUUAGUGAAUGAAGAUAAGGUGAAGAAAGCUUUCAAGUUCCCGGUUAAGUAUGGGAAAGAUUUAGGAUUGGAGGAAAAUGAUGUGAAGAAACUUAACUUGUUGAAUACAUUACCGUUGGUUUCGCCUUAUUCUGAUGGGUGGAAGUUGGAUUUAUGGAGUUUGGAAGCGGAAAAAUAUAGGGUUGGAAUUAUACAUGAGUUUUUGAGCUUGACUUUGGAAAAGAGAGCUUUGAUACAUCAUAUUGUGGAGUUUAAGGAGGAGUUUAGUUUGACUAGGCAGACUUACGAGAUGCUCAAGAGACAGCCUCGGACUUUUUAUUUGGCGGGGACAGAGAUGAACUGGGCAGUGUUUUUGAAAGAUGGGUAUGAUGAGAAUGGGAAUUUAAUUGAAAAGGAUCCACAGGUGGUUUUCAAUGAAAAGCUUUAUAAGUUUGCUCAAAUGCAAGAAGAGGAAUUGAGUUCUGGAUUUGGAGAGAAAUUAUGAGAUUUGACAU